AUGAAAUUCGAAAUAUCUUCCCAGCCGUGCGUACCUAUAUUCCCGCCACCAAAGGUACGGGACCGAUCCAAUACCGCAAACCUUAACUCUAUCCCAUCACGGAUGGGCUGGUUCCUGUUGGUUCGUCCCAUCACGUCCCAGUCACGUUGGUACAUUGAUCCGACUCGGGACGGUGUGGCGAGUAGUUGUUCUAAUGCAUACGGUUUCACUUGCCUGAGUCACCUUUCCUUCGUUCUCGAUCCACACAUCGAAGCUGUAGCUGCGGACCUGUCCAGAAACAAUUAUUCCCAUACAGGACUGAUUGACGCUUCUCCUGAUCUACAGCCUCGGGCAAUAUUCUCAUCACGGAUACGAAGCGGAAGUUGCAGAGGCAACCUGUUCCCAUUGUAUUCUCCGUCUACAUCGGUUGCAUCCGAGGUUGAAUUAUUUAUUCAUCCGACCAAGCAUGAACGGAGGUGUCCGAAACUGGUUCUUCAUGUCGUAUUAUCGGGUUGUCCAUUCGAUGAGAAAGGCGUCGUCAUUAGAUCACUGGCUACCCCGGGCCAAGUACCUAGACCUUUGAAAGACUUGGUUUAGAACAUGGGAUAGAGAAGGAUGGAGACACCAUGACCCACCAUGAUCCGUACAUAUGACCAGUGUGGGCCACAUGUAUUU